AUGGCUCGAGCCAUUAACGGCCAAAGGGCCGCAGUCGCUGGGGGCAUCAACCGGGGCAACUUCGAGGCUGUGUAUGCUACAUCAAUCUUCAUCGCCGCAAAUACCGUCUCCCAACACCAGUUCCUGCCCAUCAAGGUUGAGACUGCUUCGGACCUGGGAAAAUGCGUCGUGGAGUGGCUGAGUGCAUUCCGUAAUGUGCGAUCCGUUGUUGCUGCUUCGAGACAAGAAUUUGGGCAGAGCUCUUUGGCGGCAGUGUUCCCGCGAGGGGGCUGGCAGCACUUGUCUGCUCAGGAUGCAAGUCCCAACUCUGACCAAGUCGCCUUCGGCUUCCCACUAGACGAACUCAUAGCAAACGCUGCUCAGGAUGAGCGCUACUCUGAUUACCAUCACAUCAUAGUGGGCCUGUCAAACAUCUACGAACAACCAUCGAGGGAGGCAUUCAUGCGAUUCCUGGUCGAAGCACGGCCCGAGUUUCUGCUCCACGUAGAAGCCGGCGAACCGCUUGCGCUCAUGCUUAUGGCCGUGUGCUUCAGUCUGACUCAAUUGCUUCCACCAGCGGACAUGAUGGACCAGAGUGCGCAGAGAGAUUUAGAAGCCACCAGGCUGCACCUUCCGCCAAAUCACAGCCUGCUACUAGAGCGGACGAUUGCAGUUAUACGGUUACAUCCUUGGCAUCAUGCAUUCGCGGAGAUUCCAAACUUUAAGGCGAAGCAGACUUUGGACAACACUCCUUGCCAAGACUUUCCCGUGGCAGUUCUCGCACAACUGGGAACAUGA